AUCGAGGAGCUUCGGGCGGAGAUGCUGGAGAUGCGGGAUGUCUACAUGGAGGAGGACGUGUACCAGCUGCAGGAGCUGCGGCAGCAGCUGGACCAGGCCAGCAAGACCUGCCGCAUCCUGCAGUACCGGCUGCGCAAGGCUGAGCGCCGCAGCCUCCGCGCUGCCCAGACUGGCCAGGUGGAUGGCGAGCUCAUUCGCGGCCUGGAGCAGGAUGUCAAGGUCUCGAAGGACAUCUCCGUGAGGCUGCACAAGGAGCUGGAGGUGGUGGAGAAGAAACGGGCCCGUCUGGAGGAGGAGAACGAGGAGCUUCGGCAGCGGCUCAUUGAGACCGAGCUGGCUAAGCAGGUGCUGCAGACCGAGCUGGAGCGGCCUCGAGAGCAUUCCUUGAAGAAAAGAGGAACCCGCUCCCUGGGGAAGACAGACAAGAAGCCUUCGAUACAGGAGGACAGCGCAGACCUGAAGUGCCAGCUGCAUUUUGCGAAAGAGGAGUCAGCCCUCAUGUGCAAGAAGCUCACCAAGCUCGCCAAGGAGAACGACGGCAUGAAGGAGGAGCUGCUCAAGUACCGCUCUCUCUACGGGGACCUGGACAGUGCGCUGUCCGCUGAGGAGCUGGCCGACGCCCCCCACUCCCGGGAGACUGAGCUGAAGGUGCACCUGAAGCUGGUGGAGGAGGAGGCCAACCUGCUGAGCCGCCGCAUCGUGGAGCUGGAGGUGGAGAACCGGGGGCUGCGGGCCGAGAUGGACGACAUGAAGGAUCCGGGCCCCGGCGGCGGGGGGCCGGAGGCGCGCCUGGCCUUCUCCGCGCUGGGCGCCGGCGAGUGCGGGGAGAGCCUGGCCGAGCUGCGGAGGCACCUGCAGUUCGUGGAGGAGGAGGCGGAGCUGCUGCGGCGCUCCUCGGCCGAGCUGGAGGACCAGAACAAGCUGCUGCUGACCGAGCUGGCCAAGUACCGCGCCGAGCACGAGCUGGACGUGACGCUGUCGGAGGACAGCUGCUCGGUGCUCAGCGAGCCCUCGCAGGAGGAGCUGGCCGCCGCCAAGCUGCAGAUCGGGGAGCUCAGUGGCAAGGUCAAGAAGCUGCAGUACGAGAACCGCGUGCUCCUGUCCAACCUCCAGCGCUGCGACCUCGCCUCCUGCCAGAGCACGCUGCCCAUGCUGGAGACGGACGCCGAGGCCGGGGACUCUGCCCAGUGUGUGCCCGCCCCCCUGGGGGAGGCACACGAGCCCCAUGUGGCCCGGCUCUGCAGAGCCAGAGAGGCCGAAGUGCUGCCCGGGCUGAGAGAGCAGGCUGCCCUGGUCAGCAAGGCCAUCGACGUCCUGGUGGCGGAUGCCAAUGGCUUCUCAGCUGGCCUCCGCCUGUGCCUGGACAACGAGUGUGCUGACUUUCGGCUGCAUGAGGCCCCGGACAACAGCGAGGGCUCCAGGGACACCAAGCUCAUCCACGCCAUCGUGGUGCGGCUGAGCAUGCUCCAGCAGGAGCUCAACGCCUUCGCGCGGAAAGCAGACACGGUGCUAGGCGGCUCCCUGAAAGAGCAGCCAGAGCCUUUCUCCUCGCUGCCUGCCUUGGGCUCCCAGGGUCCCUCCAAAGAGAUACUGCUGGCCAAAGACCUGGGCUCAGACUUCCAGCCACCUGACUUCAGGGACUUGCCGGAAUGGGACCCCAGAAUCCGAGAGGCCUUCCGCACUGGCGACUUGGACUCCAAGCCCGACCCCAGGAGCUUCAGGCCUUACCGAGCUGAGGACAAUGAUUCCUACGCCUCUGAGAUCAAAGAGCUGCAGCUGGUGCUGGCUGAGGCCCACGACAGCCUCCGGGGCCUUCAAGAGCAGCUCUCUCAGGAGCGGCAGCUAAGGAAGGAGGAGGCCGACAACUUCAGUCAGAAGAUGGUCCAGCUGAAAGAGGACCAGCAGAGGGCGCUCUUGCGGAGGGAGUUUGAGCUGCAGAGUCUGGGCCUGCAGCGGAGGCUGGAGCAGAAAUUCUGGAGCCAGGAGAAGAACAUGCUGGUGCAGGAGUCCCAGCAGUUCAAACACAACUUCCUGCUGCUGUUCAUGAAGCUCCGGUGGUUCCUCAAGUGCUGGCGGCAGGGCAAGGUCCCGCUCAACGAGGGCGAUGACUUCCUAGAGGUGAACAGCAUGAAGGAGCUCUACCUGCUGAUGGAGGAAGAGGAGUUAAACGCCCAGCAUUCUGACAACAAGACCUGCACGGGGGACAGCUGGACCCAGAACACGCCUAACGAGUAUGUCAAGACGCUGGCCGACAUGAAGGUGACGCUGAAGGAGCUAUGCUGGCUGCUCCGGGAUGAGCGCCGUGGCCUGACCGAGCUUCAGCAGCAGUUUGCCAAGGCCAAAGCCACCUGGGAGACAGAGCGGGCGGAGCUCAAGGGCCAUACUGCCCAGAUGGAGCUGAAAGCCGGGAAAGGGGCUGGGGAGCGGCCAGGGCCCGACUGGAAGGCGGCCCUGCAGCGGGAACGGGAGGAGCAGCAGCACCUCCUGGCUGAGUCCUACAGCGCAGUCAUGGAGUUGACGCGGCAGCUGCAGAUCAGCGAGCGCAACUGGAGCCAGGAGAAGCUGCAGCUGGUGGAGCGGCUGCAGGGCGAGAAGCAACAGGUGGAGCAGCAGGUGAAGGAGCUGCAGAACCGCCUCAGCCAGCUGCAGAAGGCUGCUGACCCCUGGGUCCUUAAGCACACGGACCUCGAGAAGCCGGACAACAGCUGGAAAGAGACCCGCAGUGAGAAGAUCCACGACAAGGAGGCGGGCUCCGAAACUGAGAUCGGGGGAAGCGGCUUAAAGAGGACCAAAUCUGUUUCUUCCAUGUCCGAGUUUGAAAGUUUGCUUGACUGCUCCCCGUACCUUGCGGGCGAACCCACCCUGGGCAAGAAGCUUUCCGGCAACCCCGCCUUUGCUUUUGUGAAUCCCGAGUCAGGGGACCCCGAGAAGGAGGCCAAGGAAAAGCCCGGGCUCUCGCCACGGGACUGCGCCCACCUGGGCACGCUGGCUUGCCACAACCCCGCCGGGAGACAGAUGCAGCGCAGCCACACGGCUCCCGACAAGACUGGCAUCCGAGUGUACUACAGCCCGCCUCUGGCCCGGCGCCUGGGCGUCCCUGUGGUCCAUGAUAAGGAGGGCAAGAUCAUCAUCGAGCCCGGCUUCCUCUUCACGACGGCCAAGCCCAAAGAGUCAGCUGAGGCCGACGGGCUGGCCGAGAGCUCUUACAGCCGGUGGCUCUGUAACUUCUCCCGGCAGCGCCUGGAUGGCAGCUCCGGGGCCAGUCCCUCGGCGGCCGGGCCUGGCUUCCCAGCCGCCCUGCAUGACUUCGAGAUGUCGGGCAACAUGAGCGAUGACAUGAAGGAGAUCACCAAUUGCGUGCGCCAGGCCAUGCGCUCGGGCUCGCUGGGGAGGAAAGUCAAGAGCACGUCCAGUCAGACGGUGGGCCUGGCCAGCGUGGGCACACAGACCAUCCGCACGGUCAGCGUGGGCCUGCAGACUGACCCUCCCCGCAGCAGCCUCCACAGCAAGAGCUGGUCCCCGCGCAGCUCCUCGCUCGUCUCUGUGCGCAGUAAGCAGAUCUCCUCCUCCCUGGACAAGGUGCAUUCGCGCAUCGAGCGGCCAUGCUGCUCGCCCAAGUAUGGCUCGCCCAAGCUCCAGCGGCGGUCGGUGUCCAAGCUGGACAACACCAAGGACCGGAGCCUGUGGAACCUUCACCAGGGCAAGCAGAACGGCUCAGCCUGGGCCCGCUCCACCACCACCCGGGACAGCCCUGUCUUGAGGAACAUCAACGAUGGGCUGUCCAGCCUCUUCAGUGUGGUAGAGCACUCGGGGAGCACAGAGUCCGUCUGGAAAUUGGGCAUGUCCGAGGCACGGGCCAAACCCGAGCCUCCCAAGUAUGGCCUCGUGCAGGAAUUCUUCCGCAACGUGUGCGGCCGAGCACCCAGCCCCACCUCUGCAGCGGGGGAAGAGAGCACCAAGAAGCUGGAGCCCCUCCCUCCAGCAAGCUACCAUCAGCCAGAGAGUGUGGCCAGGAUCUUAAACAAGAAGGCAGCCAAGUGCACCACCGUUGAGGAUGCCAGGCCUGCUGUCCUCCCCCAGGUGGGGAAGGAUGGCGUCCUCCGGGAUGGAGAUGGAGCCACGGUCCUUUCCAAUGAGAAUUUAUUGCAGGGAGCAUUGUGUAUUUCUAAGGAUGCUGUUUGUGACUGCAGCGCCCAGUCUCUGACCUCCUGUUUUGCUCGGCCAUCCCGCUCUGCCAUCCGCCACUCUCCUUCCAAGUGCAGACUGCACCCUUUGGAGUCCGGCUGGGGAGGGGAGGAAAGGGCAGCCCCCCCCAGCGAGUGACAGAACAGCUGAGCACCCCGCCUCAACCUGCCUGCCCUGGGGAGCGGGAGAGAACCAGCGGAGGCGAGGCGGGGGGCCAUGCUCUCUGCAUCCCCUCCCCGUGGAGGGGCCACAGCUGCACCACUGCCAGAACACAGCUGUCACAUCAAGGUAAAGCAGGGUUUUGUGGUGACCACUGGGCGGUGAUCUCUGACUUCCCAGGAAAGACAGCAAGUGGGAGAAAGACCAAAAUGGGACUUUGGAAGCGUCGACAGAGAGAUCUAACAGGACCCUCUCCCUGGGUCCUAAGAUGGACCAGGCCACCCUGGCCUGGUUCCACCUCAUAACCUCUUCUUGGAAGAUCCGAGGAAGGGCCACACUUCGGCAGUGCCCUGAAGGAGAAAGGGCUCACAGCUCCUCCGUGACGACCACACACCCCUUCCCUGGGAGAGCAAACUGCAACAAGAAGAGCAGCCCUUGCGCUAGGACUCAGCCCAUAGCUCCCGGAGGAGUUGAUCCCCAUCCAGGGCCCACCCUUCUCAUCAGGGCUGCUACCUUCCAUCCCGGCUGUCCUGGGCUGCUGUGACUCUAGGAGGUAUGAUAGGGCUGGUCGUCGGGACCAAGUAGCUGCCUGGAAUCCUGGAGCCCUGGAUCUCCCUGCUCACAGCCUAGGUACAGCACUGAUCUGGAGAUGAGGUGGGAGCGUGUGAGGCUCAGGGCCUGAAGCCAUUGGAACUGCCCCCCUUGCCAGGAUGACGUGGGGGAGGCCCCAACUUUCAUUCACACUGACAGAAGCAGGUUAGACUUAGUCUUAAGACCUGGUGCACACACAAAGGCCUCAGCGUCCACUGCCUUGACCUUGGGCCUCUUUCCCCGCAGCCUGGAGGGGGCACCACAUUGUCACCCUGUUUACAUCCGGGGGCUGGUGGAGGACAAAGCUAUUUCCAGUUAGAACCUUCUGAUUGGCCAGGUUAGGGAGCACUCUAGGGAGGAGGUCAGUGAGCGUCCCGGACCCCCCAGUAGAGUGGGGCUCAGAAAUGCAUUUUUGUUUAUUUGAACUUUCAAAUAAGCACCCAGAUUGCUUAUUUUAAUUUUCCUUAUUAUAAUAUUUAAGGUCGUUUACUUUAUUUUAAUAAUUUAAUUUACCCCUAAGUUCCGAAGGUAAUUUAUUGGAGGUUGACAUGUACUCUUGCCACUGGCACAAAGGAAGACUUCUAACACCGUGGACAGGCUUGGGGUCCCGAUGGGGACAAGGUAGCUCAGCCGCUCAGCUCAGGUCUCCUGGCUCAGGUUCACAGGUCUCUGUUGGCCUGCUCCCCCAACACCACUGACCAGUUAGCUACAGAGGACACGUGGUACUUGCCCUGCUCCCCGAGCUGUCAGUCUGUAAAUGCUCGCUGACAUAGUGGAGGGCUGGACUGACAUCAACCCAUUGGCAGCGAGUCAGUUCUGACUCGUAGCGACCCUACAGGGCAGAGUGGAACUGCCCCUGUGGGUUUCACAGACGGUAACGCUUCACACAAGCCCACUGCCACAGCUUUCUCUGGGGACGCAGCUCGGUGGGUUAGCCCUGCGGACUCUGAUUGGUAGCCAAUGCUUCACCACUGCACGACCAGAGCUCCCUUGGGCUUCCCAGACGCUCCCAUGUCGCUUCUCGUUCCCCUCCCUCCGACACCACCUGGAGUGAGUGAGCCAGCCGUAAAUGGCUGAGGCUGUGGACGGAGAGCGGGAGGCCCUGCAGCUUCCCGAGUGAGAGCACACAGGCCAACUGACCUGCCAGAAGGCCUCUGAUGGCAGCUUUGCGCGUGGAUCCCAGAGUGCCCACCUGCCGCAGUUCUGGCCAGCCGGCCGGCCUUUCCGCUCAGCUUCCUGGCUCUUCUCCCAGGCCCGACGCCACUGCCUGCCCUUCCCGUCACGUGCGUGGGAGCUGCCGGAGCGAUCCAGCCGAUUGUGAUGUGGGUGAUUAGAUACGGCUCCCCGGUGGUGUCCGUCCACUCCUUUUGGUGGCACACCUGCUCAUGUAGGCACGGCACUCCUGGCAUCCCCGAGCGGGAGCACCAGGAUGAAAACAACGUUGUCAGUGGAAUUUCCCAUCAGGAAGACCCAAAGCCAGCAGCUUCUCUAGCUUUUCCCCAGGACUCGAGGCACCCUGUACCCCCACCUGCCAUCACCCUGACCUGCCCUCUCAGGGUCACGUGGACCAGCUACCCCAGUCCUUCCUCUUUUCUCCCAUCGGCAGGCCGGCAGGCUCUGGCCAGUCUCACCAGCCACACCCCUGUGCCAUCUUGACCUGUGGGCCGGUGGAGCCGGGGCCCCAUCGCCAGAGGAUGCCACUGCUCCCUAGCCGGUGACUUCACAGAGGCUUCUCCCAGGUUAGCUCCAGGAGAAGGCACUCACAGCAGGCACAAGUCACCAGAGGCCUUCUGCCACCUUUCUGAGUUACAGAGGGCCAGGGAGGCUGCCCUCCAAGCCUGGGGGCAGAAUUCCCAUGAGACCGGAAGCCUUCCACCUACAGACCGACCGCUCAGCCUUACCACCGUCUCGUCCAAGAUUGUCCAUGCUGUCGUCUUGCCUGGCCCCCAGCUAGCAUCGUGUCGGAGGCUCUAGCUCGCAGUGUCCCAUAAGCCCCCGUUUCUGGUUCCUGCAUGCCACUGUGCAAGACCAUGCCUCGCCGUUCUUACCGAAGCCUCUGGACCCGGGCUUUCAGCGGGUUCAAGAUGUUACAUGUAAAUAUUGAUUUGGUUUGAUUUUUAGCAUUUUAAUUGGUAAUGGAUUGUGUUUCUUUUUGUGGGGUGGGGGGAUGGUUUGUAAAAGCUCUCUACUCUUCUGGAGUGUAAUUUCUAAGUCUGAUUUGUUUCUUCAAAUGCCUUUUAAGUCUUGGUAACAUUCCCAAAGCAGAAAACUGCCUGACCCACAGCAGGGAUUUCUGUGGGGGUUUGGGGGUCCUGGGAAGGAAUGCUGCCCUUCACCCACCCCUCUCUCCUACUACCCUUCUGCCUUUUUAAUACCCCACCCUUUCCCCCUUUCCCCCCCAUUCCCAUUCUCUACAACCAAAGUCUUGAGGAACCUUGGGGUCCAAGUCCCUUAGAGUCUCUCCUUGGCUUGGGUCCAUGGGUUGGCACCAGUUGAUUAAAGAGAAGUGGCAGAGUAGAGGGUGGGGGUGGUCAGGGUUGACUCUAAAAUGGGCAACUUCGCAUUUCUUUUAUCUGACCUUUCUCUGAGACCCUCCUGGAAGAAAUGGUGUCUGUAUGAAAUGAAAUUUCUUGAAAUGUAUGAAAUGUCUUGAAAUGAAAAUCAAACCAUUUUGGUUCAUCAGUGGGUCUUGGGCUGUGCGUCUGUAAGGUAUCCAAAUCCAAUUCUCCAUCUCCCUGCCAACCGUUUUUCCUAAAGACUAACCCAAUUUAAAAACACCUUUACAAGGUCUUGCUUCUCUGAACUCAAAGUGCCCCACCCCCUUUUGAUCUCCCCAGAAACUCUCCUCCACCAGCUGCCCUCCCAGGUGCCUGCAAUCUUACCGCUGGCUUUUGUGGACAAGGCCAAGGGCCUGAAGACUUGAUCCUCCCACCCCUGGACAGCCAGUGUGGCUCCCCUGGCCCACACUCAUGCACCUUUCGUGGUUUUGCCAUUCAACCUGAGCACACCCAGCUUCUAGGCCCUACUUCCCCCCUUCCCCUCAUCCAAAAUGCCCUUCCUCUUCCAGUCUCCUCAGCCCUCCGAAUCCUUCCUUAGAAAUCACCAUCCCCAGCACACCCAGCCGAGAGCACUUUGCUAUUGAGAAAUGACUUCCCUGCCCCCAUCUCCUUCAGCCCUUUCCAGACCAGCUCGAGGAAGCAGCCUCGGAAGGAAGGGUACAGUGCUCCCAUCGCAGAAAUGAGACCGAGGGGCAGGUGUCAUCCCAGAGACACCCGCCAGAAAGGCACUGAGUGUUAGGCUAGAACCUUGGGCUGCCAGAUUCCCCGCUUCCCCAGUUCAGCUCUGCCUUGCUUCCUGUGCAAACCUCACUGAGGGCUUUCUUGGAGUACAAACCACCAAAGUAUGUCACUGAGCAACCCCCGAAUGGAACAGGGCCACUUGGAGUCCCUGAUCUCCCUGGGGGCCCUUGCAUCAGAAUCUGAUAAGAGUUCAUGAAAAAUGCAGCUUUCUGGUCCCCACCCCAGACUUCAAGGCCAGGAAUCUGCAUGGUUAACAAGCCCAUAGGGAGAGCCUCUGUCAUCCCUGGCCACCCCAUUUGUGUCCACCGUUUUUUUAAAUCAGUAACCAUGGUGCGCUCUCUCCAGAAGAGCACCAUGCUAGGAGUAUGGAGUCCUGGUCCUCAAUCCAGCCCAGAAAACAUCAGAGGCCAUUUACAGUCUGAAGUGCUAAGUGUUCAAUAAGAAAACAGAAAGAAGUCAGAAGGCAAAAAUUAUUCCCCAAUGCUCCCCGAGAUUAUUCCCACAAUCACCCCCAUUAAGUUUUAUUCUUGAAUUCCCGGCUAGGCGCAGUAAAAAGAGAGACACAUCAGGUUACAUAACUCUCCUCGUCCAGUCCAGGAAAGCAAGCAAGUGUGCCCCAGGAUGUAAAUCCUACUAACUUUAUAAUAUGUCUUUCAAUGCACUGAGCCAGUUGGUGUAUAAACAGGUGAGCCCUAAGAUAAUCUAAAUGUUUUCCAGAUGGCUUUUUAGAAAAUAACAAACUGCCAGCCACUUGAAUGAACUUGAUCAGAUCACUCAAGGCUGUUGUAUGCCUCAGUUUCCCCAGCUAUAAAGUGAGGGUCAGGCCCUUCCUACCUCAUGUGGUGGUGGUCAGGACCAAAUACAAUACUGUGCCUACGAGUCUACUUGGAAAAGCAUAACGUUCUACACAAAGGUAAAGGGAUCUGAGUUGGACCCAGCCCAUCCGUGCUCCGGCCCUGGGGGUGUACAUGGACACCAGCCCUCUCACAGUGAAUGGAAAGGAGCCACAGAUCAUCCGGCCCAACCCAGAUUCAAGCUGAGGAUUCAGAGAAGAGAGAAACUCACCCCAGGUCACACACAUCGAACCAGAGGCAGGGCCAGAACCAGAGCCCACCCAGGUGACUGGAUGCCCAGCAGGUGCUGCAUCGCCAAUGGUGAAUGAGCCCCUGCCCUGACUUUCUGUGGCCCUGGGUGACUCCCUUUCUCUCUGGGCUCAGUCUGUUUGCUCCCUUCCCACCCUCUCUUGUAUCAUUCCCCCCACCCAGCUUCUCCUCCUCGCCUCUUCCGCUCCUCUGGCAGUUUCCUACCAGCAGGUCCAGGUCCACGGUGGGGUUUUCCUCUGCGAAGUCCCAGGAUACUUGCAGCAUCUGCCACUCGCCCCUCCCAGAGUGGCUGGCCCAGCAUUGCUCCCUUCUGGGUUUUCCUGUCAACGCCUGCAUUUCUCCCACCUCACUUUCUUGUCCCACCAGAAAAGUACCUGAGUGUGUGGUCUCCCAACUCUAGUAUUUUCCCUCAGAUUGGGUGGUACAUCCUAGGUUCUAAUGUUUGUUUAUUUUGUAUUUCCUCACACCCAAGGGGGCCCUUCCUUCAAUACUGCAGGCAGCCCUGCCUGCCCUUCUCAUUGGGCUCCACGCAGCCCCAACCACAUCCUCCCCAGCUCCGGUUCCACCUCUAAGCACAUUGACUUCCUGUCUGCUCCACCUCAGCACUUCCCAUGGAAGAGGAGGAGGAGGAAGAGGAUGUGUGUGUUUGACACCCUCCAGUGCUUCUCCUCUCCUCGGAGUUCCACCACCUACAGGGUACUGCAUCCUGGCAGAACUGACGGCUAACUCUGACCCGCCCUUCAUUCCUCCCAACAGUAUACGAAGUCUGCAAAGUCCAUGGGCCCAAAAAGCAAAGGGGUUAGGGGACUUGAUAUUGGGUCCGAGUCCCCCACCACUUGCCCUGCCCACCCUCUUCUUCCCUUGUCUAUCCCACUGGUCCUGUUCCCCAUUCUGCCUUCCCUUUCCCAGCCCUCUGGACAAAGGAUACUUUUUGGUUUCCUUUAAGCAUCCUUGAAGGGACCAAGGCGUCUUGAGGGGUAGUGGGUGCCUGGUUUCCUUGUCACAUCCCAUUCUGAAGCCACUCAACCUGCUCUCAAGGAUAAGGGCCUGGCCUGCUUGAAUCUAGGAUUCUGUGACCAGCACCAGGAUUGGGUCCCUCUCAUGGCCUGGAAGCCUUGCAGCACCAUCCCCUCUCUGCUGGGCCCUGGAAUCCCAUCUCCUCUCAGCUUUGCCACUGAUCUCUGUGCCUUUAGUUUACUUCUCUGAACAGGGGGCUCACCACACGACCCUUGGGGUCCUCUAAGGCUGGACCUUACCAGCCAUGCCCCAGGUCCCUGGGACUAUCCAAAGGUACCAGGUCGCUGAGGUUGAUGUGAUCAGAGGUAUCAUUCCAGCCCAGUGAUUCUCAAAGCAUAGUACUGGACCACAUCAGCACCCCCUGGGAACUAUUAGAAAUGCAAGUUAGUGGCCUCACCCAGGCCCACUGAAUCAGAACCUCUGGGCUGGGGCCCAGCAAUCUGGGUGUCAACAGCCUCCUAGUGAUUGACUCGAGAGUUGGCACCUGGUGAUGGAGACUACCAGUUGGUCCACGUAGAAACAACAGCCUUCUCUGGUCUCCUGAGAGAUUAGGAAUCCACCUUUCCAACCAGGGGUCUCUUUUUGGAAACUGGAGGACAGAGAGAAAAAUCCAUUUCUCUUUGGCUUGCCCCUGGGCUGGCUCUGAUCACCUCUCCCACUUGUCUGGAUUUUAUAUAAGGCUCCGUGGGGUUGCGCUAGCCUGGAGUCCUGGGGAGCAGGAGGUGACAAAUCCUGUCUGUCCAUCUCGUGAGAACCUCACAAUGAGUCCAGUGGCCUCCCUCCAAAUAGCAAGAAACCUAACUCCUCAAGGAAAGAAUCUCCAGCCGUGCCCACCCCCACCCCCCAAGAAAGACCUUGUAGAUGGUGCCAAAAAUCAGCUCCAAACCCCAGAGACUGGGCAAGAGAUUCAGAAGCUAUCCUCUACCUGAUCCUUCUGCCUAGAACCCCGCCAAUACUGUGAAGCCCCCUUUCUGCUUGGCCUGGUUUCCUGGUGGUGGUCCUGCAGUCGUGGGCCCUGGGGGACCCCCAGGGAAAAGGCCUUGGAAGGGAAGGGACCAAGGGCAUCCUUGGGCCAAACUGUUCUCCUCGCCUGUUGUUCCCCACACUGUCUUCAAAAGGCUCCUUCCCCAGAAUGGAUUGACUGCUUAGGAUGACCAUGGCCCAAUCCACCAGCUCUCCCCACCCCGAUGUCUUAUUUCAGACAUGAAAAUAACUGUACAGUGUAAACUUACAAAGGGUUUUUAAUGGUUGUAGAUUGGAAAUAAAGUAUGUCAUAUGAACAGUU